AUGGCAGCGGUACAUUCAGCAGAAGAAGAGUUAGGAGAUUAUAUAGGGAUAAAAGAAGAAAUAGUAAACAAAUAUAGGACUCAAAUAAUAAUUACGAAUAACAAAAUAAAAGAAACAGAAACAAUUUUAGGUGAAAUGUUUAGAAGAAAUAUAGGUAAAGGUAGAGUAGGUAUUUAUUCUGAACUGUCGGACACACAAUAUCAUAUAGUACAGGAAAAAUUAAGAGAAAUGUAUACUCAAGAAGUAGAAACAGAAGUCGAAUCAACAAAACAAAUAUCUUAUUAUCAUGUUAGGGAAAGUGUACAUUCAGCUAUACAGGAGACAUAUAAUAAUAUAAAAAUAAAAAUUUAUUACCCAAGAAAUGUGAAUAAUUUUGAUGUUAGAAACCAUAAUAUCAGUACAAACAAUAAUAAUUUCGAUUCAGGAAAUUUUAGAAGGCAUAGUUUUCGCCAAAAUAUUAGUAAUUGGAAUAGAAAUAACACAGGUCAGUCAGAACAAUAUAAUAAUAGGAAUUAUAAUAGUACUUUUAAUCAAAAUAACAUUAAUAGAAAUAGUACUAAUAAUUCAGGCCAGUACAAUAAUAGUAGGAAUAAUUUUAAUAAUUCAGGCCAAUAUAAUAUGAACAGAAAUAGUGCAAAUAAUAAUAAUAGAAAUAGUAAUUCAGGUCAGUAUCGACGGAGCCAUAGCAGACAAGAUGAAGCUAUGGAAGUAGACAAUAUUCAGAGAAAUAGUGUUAGAGAGGAUGUUCAAUCGAAUCAUGUUUUUUACAAACUAGCCCCGGAACAUCUAACUAUGAUACAGAUUACUAUUAAUAAAUUAAAAUAUCUAGCAUUAGUUGAUACGGGGUCAACAUUUUGUAUAAUAGACAAUAGAGUAUUACGUUUUAAGGAAGUAGAAAUAGCUCCGGUCCAUUAUUCCACAAUGGAAAAGAUUCAAUAA